AGGCGACGAGGCCUCGCGUGUCGCAGAGCAUGCUGGGGGGAAAAGGGGUGGAGAAAAGGGCUUCUAUAGCAACGCGGCUCGAGGCGGUGAUUGGUUGUUCUUUCGAAGCGAGCGUGCCAGGCCAGAACAGAGGGCAGGGCCAAGAAUACGCCUUAGAGCGCGCAGCGUUAGGGUCGCCAUGGGGGUGGGAAUUAGGGUGAUCAACGCCCUGUUUCGGUUCUAAAACAUUCUUGGCUUCCUUCAGCCGCCGUAAGGGGGGGUGGGGCUUGGCGUUUUCCCGCCAAUUUAAACCCGAGGGAUGGAACCUAAGAUUAGGGCGGUUGUGUGAGUCGGAAAUAGGGCGGAGUAGGUCGAGUGUUCCUCUUUAGUUUCUUCAAUUGCAGGAAAGCAGUUGUUCCUGACUCAGGAAGACAGUCUUAGAAACAUGUGGAAUGAUAUUGAACUGUUAACAAACGAUGACACAGGAAGUGGGUACCUAAGCGUUGGCUCAAGAAAAGAACAUGGAACUGCUUUAUACCAAGUAGAUCUGCUAGCGAAGAUCUCCUCCGAGAAGGCCUCGUUAAACCCUAAGAUACAAGCAUGCAGCUUAAGUGAUGGGUUUAUCAUUACAGCAGACCAGUCAGUGAUUCUGCUUGACAGCUUCUGUAGAUCACUUCAGUUGCAUCUCAUAUUUGAUACUGAUGUGGAUGUGGUUGGCCUCUGUCAAAAAGGAAAUUUUCUUUUGGUUGGUGAGAGAAAUGGCAAUGUGCACCUUAUUCAUGUAACAUCAAAGCAAACGUUACUCACUAAUGCUUUUGUUCAGAAGGCUAACGAUGAAAAUGAGCGUACUUACCGGAGUCUUGUUAUUGAGAAUGAUGGUUCAAAUGAAGGUACCUAUUAUAUGCUGCUCCUUACAAACAGUGGAUUUUUUUAUGUUACGAACCUUCAGCUUGGAAAAGUUCAGCACGCAAUUGAGAAUGUAGACUUCAAUACAGCAAAAAAGUUACAAGGACAAAUCAAGUCCACCUUUAUAUCAACUGAAAAUCAUCAUGCUCUUGGUUGUCUCAGUCUUGUGGUUGGAGAUUUAGCGAGUGAAAUCCCUGUGAUAAUUGGGGGAACUGGUAAUUGUGCAUUCACAAAAUGGGCACCGGAUUCUUCCAAGAAAGGAAUGGUUGUCAAGAAUCUUGUUGAUUCAGGGAUUAUUAAAGGUGCAAAGAAGUUCCAGCUCAUAGACAAUCUACUUUUUGUUCUUGAUACACAAAAUGUGCUAAGCUUAUGGGAUCUUUACACUCUAACUCCCGUGUGGAACUGGCCCUCUCUUCACAUCGAAGAGUUUCUCCUUACUACAGAAGCAGAUUCUCCCUCUUCAGUCAUGUGGCAAGGGAUCACAAAUCUCAAACUAGUAGCUCUGACAACUACUACGAAUAAGAAGAUGAAAAAUCUUGCAGUUUAUACAUUACCUACAAUGGAAAUACUAUAUUCUUUGGAAGUAUCUAGUGUUUCUUCACUGGUCCAAACUGGAAUUAGCACAGAUACCAUAUACCUUCUGGAGGGAAUUUGCAAAAAUGAUCCCAAACUAUCUGAAGAGUCAGCCUCUGUCUUAGUACUUCGGUGUCUUACGGAAGCUUUACCAGAAAACAGAUUGAGCCGGUUACUCCACAAACACAGAUUUGCUGAAGCUGAGAACUUUGCCAUUCAGUUUGGACUAGAUGUUGAGCUUGUUUACAAGGUAAAAUCAAACGAUAUGCUGGAGAAGCUAGCUUUGAGUUCCGUGGACACCAGUGAGCGGACCGAAUGGCAAGCGCUUGUAGAUGAAGCUAAAGAAAAUCUGCACAAAAUCAAGGACGAUGAAUUCGUGGUGAAUUACUGCUUGAAGGCGCAGUGGAUAACCUAUGAAACAACCCAGGAGAUGCUAAAUUAUGCCAAAACCAGGCUUCUGAAGAAAGAAGAUAAAGCUGUUACUGCCUAUUCCGAUGGCCUGAAAGAGGUACUAAAGGCUCAUGCGAAGUUGACUACUUUUUAUGGAGCAUUUGGACCAGAGAAAUUCAGUGGUAGUUCUUGGAUUGAAUUUCUGAAAAAUGAAGAUGAUCUUAAGGAUAUUUUUUUACAGCUACGAGAAGGAAACCUUGUUUGCGCACAGUACCUUUGGCUCAGACAUCGGGCCAACUUCGAAAGCAGGUUUGACGUGAAAAUGCUUGAGAGGUUGCUCAACUCAAUUUCUACUCCAGUCUCUUUGCAAAACCUUUGUCUGUGGUUUAAAAAUGAUGUCAUUCCAUUUGUGCAAAAGACGGUACCAGAAGGACAGAAAAUUCUUGCAAAAUGGUUGGAGCAAGCAGCCAGGAACCUCGAAUUAACUGAUAAGGCAAACUGGCCAGAAAAUGGACUCCAACUGGCAGAGGUAUUUUUUACAGCAGAAAAACCAAAUGAGUUGGGAUUGGUGUCUUCUUGGCAUUGGAUUUCCUUGAAGGAUUAUCAAAACACAGAGGAAGUAUGCCAGUUAAGGACUUUGGUAAAUAACUUACGAGAGCUGAUCACGUUGCACAGGAAAUACAACUGCAAAUUGGCCCUCUCUGAUUUUGAGAAGGAGAAUACAACAACCAUAGUGUUCCGAAUGUUUGAUAAAGUAUUGGCCCCAGAGCUUAUUCCUUCCACCUUAGAGAAGUUUAUAAGAGUUUACAUGAGAGAACAUGACUUGCAGGAGGAGGAGCUUCUCCUACUGUACAUAGAGGAUUUAUUGGAGAGAUGUAGCUCAAAGUCUACGUCACUCUUUGAAACGGCAUGGGAAGCAAAAGCCAUGGCAGUAAUAGGUUGUUUAUCUGACACAGAUCUCAUAUUCGAUGCUGUCCUUAAGAUAAUGUACGCGGCUGUGGUUCCUUGGAGUGCCGCCGUAGAGCAGCUGGUGAAACAGCACUUGGAAAUGGACCAUCCCAAAGUCAAGUUAUUACAGGAAAGUUACAAACUAAUGGAGAUGAAGAAACUUUUACGAGGCUAUGGAAUAAGGGAGCUGAAUCUCUUAAACAAGGAAAUCAUGAGGGUGGUCAGGUACAUUCUCAAGCAGGAUGUCCCCUCUUCUCUGGAGGAUGCUUCGAAGGUGGCACAAGCAUACAUGUUGUCUGAUGAUGAAAUCUACAGUCUAAGGAUAAUCGACUUGAUUGAUAGAGAACAGGGUGAAGAAUGUCUCCAUCUACUGAGGUCUUUGCCCCCUGCAGAAGCUGAGAAAACUGCAGAGAGAGUGAUCAUAUGGGCACGUUUGGCAUUACAGGAAGAACCAGAUGAUUCCAAAGAGGACAAGACCUGGAGAAUGUCUGUAGCGAAGACGUCAGUAGACAUUCUUAAAACACUUUGCGACAUUCAGAAAGACAAUCUGCCGAAGAAGGAUGAAAGUGAGGAAGUCUUAAACCUGUUUAAAGCUGUUGCCAGCUUGCAGGAGAACUUUGAUAUCUUCCUUUCAUUUGAAGAUUACAGCAGUAGUUCCCUGGUGGCAAAUCUCCACGAACAGCACAUUCAAGCUUAUGAAGUUGCUCAGCCUAAGCACAAACCCAGGAGGUCCCCAGAGCCCUCAGCUGCUGGGACACAGAGCCUGCACGCAGAAUCAAAGCUGCACAGACAGGCGCUGGCGCUACAGGUGUCAGAACAAGAGCUGGAGGCAGAGCUGACCCUGAGGGCCCUAAAUGAUGGGCAAGUCGAAACAGUGCUGAAAAAAUGCAGAGACUUGUUUAAGUAUCACUGCAAUGCGGACACUGGGAAGUUGCUGUUUUUGACAUGCCAGAAGCUUUGUCAUAUGUUGGCUAACGAUGUCCCAAUGAUAAUACCUGUGGGAAUAAAUCUUCCUUCAGAGAUACAUGACUUAGCCUGCCAAGCUGCCACCAUCUGUAGCCCAGAUUUUUUACUGGAUGCUUUAGAACUAUGUAAAUAUACUUUAACAGCAGUGGAACUUUCCAGGCAGUGCCAGAUGGAUGACUGUGGAAUUCUAAUGAAAACUUCUUUUGGAACACAUAAAGAUCCUUAUGAAGAGUGGUCUUACAGCAACUUCUUCAAUGAAGAUGGAAUUGUCCUUGAGUCACAGAUGGUGCUACCUGUUAUUUAUGAAUUGAUUUCAUCACUUGUGCCUCUAACUGAAAGCAAGAAACAUCCCUUGGAUUCUGCAAGUUUGCCAUACUGCUCAUCUAGUGACGGAGAGAGCCUCAUUUUACCAAUUAUAAGUUCCAUCUCUGCCCUGCUUCAGAACCUCCAGGAAUCUAGCCAGUGGGAGCUGGCCCUCCGAUUCGUAAUCGGUUCCUUUGGCACCUGUCUUCAGCACUCGGUGUCAAACUUCAUGAAUGACAGUUUGAGUGAAAAGUUGUUUGGAGAAACCACAUUGGUUAAAUCAAGGAAUGUCGUUAUGGAAUUGAAGGAAAAAGCCGUUAUGUUUAUCAGGGCAAAUGCUACAACACUCUUACACAAAGUAUUCAAUUGUCGCCUGGUGGACCUGGACUUGGCCUUGGGUUACUGCACUCUAUUACCCCAAAAAGAAGUGUUUGAAAACCUCUGGAAGCUCGUAGACAAAGCAUGGCACAAUUACGACAAAAUUUUGGCGAUAUCUCUGGUGGGCUCUCAGCUGGCCAGGCUCUAUCAGGACAAAGAAAUGGAACUUCAGUUCUGUGAACUCAGUACUGAUGCCCAGUGGGGUGUCCGUCUCAGCAAGCUUGGUAUUUCUUUUCAGCCAGCUUUCAGGCAACACUUUUUAACCAAGAAAGACCUCAUUAAAGCUCUUGUGGAGAAUAUAGAUAUGGACACAAGCCUCAUUCUGGAGUAUUGCAGUGCCUUCCAGCUGGACUGCGAUGCAGCGCUCAAGCUGUUCAUCGAGACUCUGCUGCACCAGACUAACGCCAGCCAAGGCCAGGGGGAUGCGGCUGUGGAGCUCACAAAGCAGCAGCACCCCAAACUCCUGGCCAAAGCCAUCGAAAUGGUCCCUUUACUGACGAGCACGAAAGAUUUGGUCAUCAGCCUCAGUGGAAUCCUGCACAAGUUGGAUCCUUAUGACUAUGAAAUGAUUGAAGUUGUCCUGAAAGUUAUAGAAAGAGCUGAUGAGAAGAUAACCAACAUUAAUAUUAAUCAGGCACUGAGCCUUCUGAAACAUUUGAAGUCAUACAAAAGGAUUUCUCCUCCAGUGGACCUAGAAUAUCAGUAUAUGUUGGAGCAUGUAAUAACUUUGCCAUCAGCUGCCCAAAACAGACUUCCUUUUCACUUAAUCUUCUUUGGCACAGCACAGAACUUCUGGAAAAUUCUCUCCACAGAACUCAGUGAAGAAUCAUUCCCAACAUUGCUCUUAAUUUCUAAAUUAAUGAAGUUUUCUUUGGACACUCUCUACGUGUCAACAGCCAAACAUGUUUUUGAGAAAAAACUGAAGCCAAAGCUCCUGAAGUUAUCACAAGCUAAAUCCUCAACUCUGAUGACCAAGGAAGUAACCAAGAUCACUCAAACCAUCGAAUCCUACUUAUUGUCUAUAGUUAAUCCUGAGUGGGCUGUCGCUAUUGCUAUCAGUAUUGCCCAGGAUAUUCCAGAAGGUUCCUUCAAAAUGUCUAGUUUGAAAUUCUGCCUUUAUUUAGCUGAGAGAUGGCUACAGAAUAUCCCGGCUCAGGACGAAACCCGCGACAAAGCCGAGGCUCUACUGAAGAAGCUUCAUAUCCAGUACCGGCGAUCAGGCACCGAAGCCGUGCUGAUUGCCCACAAGCUGAACACCGCCGAGUAUUUGCGCGCGAUCGGGAAGCCAGCCCACCUCAUUGUCAGUCUGUAUGAGCACCCCAGCGUAAGUCAGAGGAUUCAGAACUCAUCAGGCAGAGAUUACCCCGAUAUUCAUGCAGCAGCUAAAGAAAUAGCUGAAGUCAAUGAACUGAACUUGGAAAAAGUCUGGGACAUGUUGUUGGAAAAAUGGCUGUGCCCUACAACAAAACCUGGUGAAAAACCUUCAGAAUUAUUUGAACUUCAAGAAGAUGAAGCACUUCGAAGAGUCCUGUAUCUCCUUCUGUCUCGCCCUAUUGAUUACAGCUCAAGGAUGCUGUUUGUGUUUGCAACAUCUGCUACAACUACUUUGGGGACACGUCAGUUAACUUUUGCCCACAGAACACGGGCUCUUCAGUGUCUCCUGUAUUUGGCUGACAAGCAAACUGUAGAGUCUCUCUUCAAAAAACCAAUCGAAGAAGUAAAGUCGUAUCUGAAGUGUAUAACCUUUCUGGCAUCAUUUGAGACUUUGAAUAUCCCCAUCACGUAUGAAUUAUUUUGCAACAGCCCCAAAGAAGGAAUGAUUAAGGGUCUGUGGAAAAACCAUAGCCACGAAUCCAUGGCGGUGCGGUUGGUGGCAGAGCUUUGUUUAGAAUACAGCGUCUAUGACCUGCAGCUUUGGAACGGGCUUCUGCAGAAGCUCCUUGGCUUCAGCAUGAUUCCUUAUCUGAGAAAGGUCUUAACAGCCAUCUCUGGCAUCCAUUCUUUAUGGCAGGUUCCUUACUUUAGCAAAGCGUGGCAGCGCGUGAUACAGAUACCACUGCUUUCAGCCUCUUGCCCUUUAAGUCCGAAUCAGUUAUCAGAUUGUUGUGAGAGUCUCAUCGCCGUCUUAGAAUGUCCAGUUUCAGAUGACCUCGACAUGAUCAGUGUUGCCAGGCAGUAUGUCCAGCUAGAGCUUCCAGCUUUUGCGUUGGCCUGUCUCAUGCUCAUGCCCCACUCGGAAAAAAGACACCAGCAAAUUAAGAACUUUCUGGGCUCCUGCGAUCCUCAGAUCAUUUUACAGCAAUUAGAGGAGCAUAUGAAUACCGGCCAGUUAGCAGGAUUUUCACAUCAAAUUAGAAGUUUGAUUCUGAAUAACAUCAUAAAUAAGAAGGAGUUUGGGAUUUUGGCGAAGACAAAACACUUUCAAGCAUUGAAACUGCACGUGAUGAAUACUAACGAUAUUACUGAGCUAGUCAACUACUUGGCAAAAGAGUUAAGUUUAGAUGAAGCUUCAGUCUUUAUAAUGGAAUACUCAAAGCAUUGUGGGAAACCUGUGCCCCCAGACGCUGCUCCCUGUGAAAUUAUAAAGAUGUUUCUUAGUGGAUUAUAGUAAAUCAUCAAACCUUUUUCAAGGUCAAGAGGAAGUCUGGAGUCUACUGUUAACUGACCAUAUUUAUUAUGGCUUUAAAAUUGUGUGCUCAGUGUUAUACAGCUGUUUGUUAAAUGUUACCCCACAAUAACUAAGAUGCUUAGUAUUAGCAUAAUUUUGUCUCAUAUUGAACUCAUGCCCUAAAUUAAUAAAUCAGAUUUUUUUUUUUUUUUUUUGCCAUGGUGACUUGUAUAAUUUCUAUAGACUGUCAACUGUUUGCACCAUAUAUAAAGGAAAGAAAAUGCAAAAAUAUUUUGCUCCCCACUCAAGAAAAGCAGCUUAUUAUAUCCUAUUUCUUCCAUGUAUAUAAAUAACAAUCUUUUCAAUGUUAACACUAAGUCAGUAUGCGUAUAGCUUUUGCUGCAGAGCGUGUCACUCAGUGUCCAGUCAGAAAAAUAGGACCUACUCUAGAUAUUUCAACCAAAGAAGGAUUUAAUGCUAGAAAUUGGUUAUAAAGGUGUUAAAAGGACUAAAGAAGCAAAAAAGAGAGAAGGGGUGCUAGAGAAGCUAAAGGGAGAGGGGACUUUUAGCAAAGAUCAGGAAGCUGCCUCUGCCCCUGAGUUGGAGCCACGAGCCCACAUUUGCUGCUAAGCCUUUGAAGAUGCUGUUGGGUCCACAGCCGCUGCACAGAAGCCUGGGGGUCCGUCCCCACCACCGCUGCACGGGAGCCUGGGGGUCUGCUCCCAUCGCUGCUGCCGAACACUUGCUCCCAUGCGGCCUUCCUGCCACUGCCCAGCCACCACCAAAAGAGAAGUUAGCUCUUCACCCUCUCCAACUCUCUAAUUCUUGUGCCGGUACCCAGACAUGGCAGAACCAGACAGAAAGCCAUCUGGGAGGCUGGUAAGUGUCAUCUGCAAGUUUAAGUCCCCCCAAGUUUGGAGGAUGACCGAGAAGGGCAAAUGAGGAGCUGCAAGGCAGCAGCCGCUACCUAGCACACAGACUUGAUGUGACACGUACUAUUCUGCCUCUUUAGUCUUUUGCUGUACUUGCGCGUAACGUAAGUAAACUUAAUUUGAUGUUACUGGAAUUAAUUUGCCUUUGUUUUGCCAGUUGAGAAAAAUAUUUCUAUUCAGAAGCCUUGGUGUAGCAUAGCAAUUAACAUCCUGGGCAUUAGAGUAAAACAAGUCCAGAUUUGAAUUCUGGCUCUCUCAUUUACUAGCUGUUUGAUCCUGUACAAGUUAUUUACCCUGUCUGGGCUUGGGUGCUGCUCUGAUGCUGAACUUUCAGUGGAGCUUCCAGACUCAGAUGGACUAGGAAGAAAGGCCUGGCAAUCUACCUCUGAAAAUCAGCCAGUGGAAGCCCUGUGGAUCACAAUGGCCCAAUCCACAACCUGUCACGGGGAUGGUGCAGGACUGGGUAGCAUUUCAUUCUGUCGUACGUGGGGUCGCCAUGAGUCUGGGGCUGAUUCAACAGCAGCUAACAAAAGCAACAGGCUUUAAUUCCCUCAUCUCUAAAACGAGGACCUACCUUCUAGUGACCUGAGGUUUGAGUCACGGUUCAUAAAGAGCGUUUAACACAGUACUUGUAAGUGCCUGAAAAUGCCAGCUAUUGAUAUUAUGUAGGUAAUACAGCUAACUGCAAGUUUUUAUAACAUUAUUUUGUGCUUUGCAAAUUUUAUUACGCUUAACAUUUCUCAAUAAUAAUGACUUUUUAAAUGCAAAUACCUUAAUUUAUCAGUGGUACUUAUUUUAAUGGAAUUUGGCCUAUACUAAAAGCAUAGUCCCAGUAACUAUUUAUUUACUUAGGCCUUAGACAAACUUCUUGUAAAGUUCAUAUACAAAAAUAAAUAAGAAUAGCCAGAAUAAGUCAGGAGAACCGGCGUAAUGACGGAGAAUUAGCCCAGCCAGAUCUUAAAACGUUUUGUAAAAGCUCAAUAAUUAAAUCAGCGUGGUAGCAGCAAAUUAACAGACAGGUCAAUGAAAUACAGUAAGAAGCCAGGAUGGUGAGCCUUCGGCCCGCUGACUUUGGACACGCCAUCAGGAAAGACCAAUCACUAGAAAAGGACAUCAUGUUUGGUAAAGUAGAGGGUCAGUGAGAACAAGGGAAGCCUUCAGUAGGAUGGCCUGACACAACAGUCACAAUGGACUCAAAAAUACCAACGAUCAUGAAGAUGGCACAGGACCAGGCAGCGUUCCCUUCUGGUGAACAUAAAUCAGUUCACCGUGAGUCUGAGGAUCUCACGCAACACUGUCCGUUCCUACCAGCGCGUUUGAAUGCCUACUGUAGCCGCCUCAACCCAGCAAUCUCAUUGUUUAAAAAGCUCUGGCUAAUUUGAUAGGUAAAAAUGGUACCUCACUACUCAUGUUUGUAUUUCUUUGAUAUUUGAGUGAUUGAAGCUGAAGACGACCAAUUCUAAGACCAAAAUCUCCAGUCGAAUCUGUAGUUGUGUUCUAUGUGCAAGGAACGGAUAUGGUCAAGUGGUGGCACUAGAACUUUACAAAUGGAAGCGAGCCUCCCUACUUGGCUGACUCUGGAUCUCAGGUAUAAAGGAGCUGUUUCCCAGGCUGAAUAUUGGUUUCACUGUUCGCAUUAAAGUUCUGCUAGGUAAAAGGUUCGUUUUCAGUGUGCCAGAGAAGUAGACUUUUGGCAACAUAAAUGUAUUUGAGCUUAUUUUGAGUUCAAAUAUACAACUAGCCAUGAUCCUUCUUCUUGUAUUUUAUUAUGUUUUUAUUAGUCAUGGUUGCUUUUUCCUUUUUUUUUAAUACACAUUUUAUUUGAGAAAAAUUAAGCAUCCUCUUUGCUUGCUGAUUAGUUACGAUGUGAACUAUGGCUCUUAACAUUUGUUCAUUGAUGUUACGACACUCAUUUCAGGAUCUUAAACUUUUUUUUUUUUUUUUUAAUUUUCAGGGACGGAGUGGGCAUUGUUUUUGUUUGCAGAAAACAACUAUUAAAAACUCAGAAGUAAUUUUUUUUUUUUUUUCCCCUGUGCCAGUCCUGGUCUGGUUUACUCUCCAGCUCAUUCUUCACUCUUUCCCUGGCUCUGCUUCUAGCAGGGGACUGCUCUCACGUCCUGAUUUCCCAGACUCCCGUGGCAGCCAGGUUCUCACUAGGGUCAGCCAAUGGGAGACGUGGUGAGAGAUUGGAGAGUGGGAGAAGGGAGAUGCCAGAGUAUUUCUCUUUCUUGAGUCAGUGCGUAUGGUAGCAGGGGUUGCCUCUUAUCUGGGCCUCCUGCUGGCAAAAUUUUGUCUCAAUCAGCCUCUGGGAGUCUCUCCAGCCCAGGGGUGCUGAGGGCUUCCUGCUGCUGCGUUGACCACCAUUUUCCUUUUUGGCCCCUCAGUUCCUCCUGCACCUGUGCAACGAAUUCCCUAAAUAAAAUGCCUCUAAUUCUG